AUGCCUUACGAAAUUGGUAAUAUUCUUUUUACACGUGUCUCGACGCCAUCUUUAUUUUCUCUCUCUUAUUCGAAUAAGAAAGAAAAAACAAUGAUUAAAAAUAGUAGUCGAUUAUGGGUGGAAUACUGCCAGGCAGCCUUUAAUUAUUUACCAGAUGAUCACGAGUCGCCACCGAUCACGCCAAAUCCACGUUUUUUAAACAAUAAUAAUAAUAAUAAUAGUAGUAGUAGUGGUUGUAGUAGUAAAUACUCGCUCAAUCACGGUGAUUUUUCGGCCAUUAUGGGAGUGGUUCACGAUGAAAACAAUUGUUCGUGUUCGAAUAAUGAGUUCACACAUAUUGCCAACACCCACAUCCACACGUCUGUCAACGUAACAAAAAAAAAAAAAAACAAACCGAAACCAGAUUUACCAGCCUUGGAAAAAAAAAACUUUAAAAAAAAAAAAACCUGCCACGAUGAUUUUAUAUACGUGAUGUUAGAAGUACUUAUAAAGCACAUAAAAAAUUUUAAUUAA